AACAACAAUGAGGACAACCCCAGCUGCGCUGGCAUCGAGGGUGUGCUGGAGUCCUACCUCCAGAGUCUACGCACCGUCCAGCUCUACGGUCCCACCAACUUCGCCCCUGUCAUCAACCAGGCUUCUGCCUUGCCCAUGUCCAUCAUCAUCGUGGGAGUGGGUCCAGCUGAGUUUGAGGCCAUGGAGGAGCUGGAUGGUGACGAGGUACGGGUGUCUUCCCGGGGCCGCUAUGCCGAGAGGGACAUUGUACAGUUUGUGCCGUUUCGGGAUUACGUGGACGACUCGGGAAACCAGGUGCUGAGCAUGGCGCGCCUGGCCAAGGACGUGCUGGCCGAGAUCCCCGAGCAGCUCCUCUCCUACAUGAAGACCCGUGACAUCAAGCCU